AUGGCAUCCCACUCCCCACCUGCUAGCACAUCAUUCUCUUCCUUGCAAGCAUUUCGUCCGAACCGUGCAAAACUCUCUCUUUCUGAUUACAUUCAACAAAUUGCCAAUGUGAUUGAACAAACUCCAACUCCUCCGUUACUCUCAGAAUCCAUUUUCCUUUCUGCCAAUUCUGAUCCAACAACCAAUCAUCAUCAUCAUGAACAUUUAACCUUUUUUCAACAACAACAACAGCAAGAACAAUGGAGCAACUGUUGGAAUGAAAUUUACUCACGAUACAGUCAUGAAUUAUUUCUACAAAUUCAACAAAUAUUACGCGAAUAUUUGAUGAUGGAAUUUCCUCAAUCACCCCAUACUUCGCCUCAUAUUGAACGGUUUUUACAAGAAUACGUGUGUGAGUUAUGGUGGAAAGGAUUAGUAAGACAAUACGAUGAGAAUGUUCCUCAUCAUCGUCAUCAUCGUUCUCAAAAACAACAUCCUUACAGAAAUACAUCCUCGCAUCCUUCAAGAGUAGUUCAAAAUUCCAAUCCUUCUCAAUCGGUUGUUUCUUCUGUUUCUAUGAAAGGAGGAACAACCUCCAAUAGUCUUGAAGUAUUUUCUCAAUGUGAACGAAAAUUGAGAGAUCUCUUGAAUACGACGUGCCCCAAUGGAGGAAUGAAAGUGUUGGCAGUGGCGAGUGCGAGUGGUUAUCCUCAUGUGGUGCAGUGGCUCAUUGAAAUGGGAUGUCAAAUCGAUAGUGAGAGUCCUCCAGGUAGACGAACUCCCUUAUUUAUUGCGGCCCUUAAAGGUCACAUUCAAGUCGUUCGAGUCUUGUUGGAGAAGGGAGCUUCUCCUCAUCAUGAAAGUCUCUUCAGUGAUGACGUUGUCAUGGUCUCUUAUUAUUGUGGAGUAGUGAGACAACGUGUGUUUGUGACUCCAGAAAAAGCAGCAAUGAAAGCAGGGCAUGUUCAACUGGCACAAUUCAUUCGAGAAUUUGAUUUGGAGAAGAGUCGAGCAAAGAGAAGAUGUUUGAAUAAAUUUUACAAACAUACCAAAGCAUUGUGUUAUUUGAAUGAUGAAGAGCGAUGGUUUCAUGGUCAUGCCCUAUCAUCGGCUGGUUUGAAACUUCAUGAGCCCUCUCUUGCUGAUAUUACUUUUACCCUUCUUUAA